UCCGGUUCUGUUGGUUCCAGUGAGGCUCAGGGUCUGGAGCUGAUGUGUGUCGCCCUGGCAGAAGGUGGUACCGCCUGGGCUCUUGAUGCCAGCGGCAGUCUCUGGUUCAGAACCGGCAUCUGUUGGUCCAGACCGCAGGGCGCCGACGACCACUGGUGGCAGAUCAGUAUUUCGGACUACGUGGUCUUCGAUCAGGGCAGUCUGUUCCAGACCCUGCUGCACGCCACCCAGAGUGUUGCCACGGUAACCAGGGCGCCGGUGGAGCGGGUGGUCGCCUUCCUGUCGCAGUACUCGCAGUGCCAGCCGAGCCUGGUCAGCGCCAACGGCAGCGGAGUCUGGGUGGCCUCGGGACGGAACCAGCUGCACCUGGCCCGCGGCAGUCUCGUUGGAACUUUCUGGCAGAACGUUGUUCCAAGAGGAACCGUCUCAGCCACCAGGUGGAUCUUCAUCACGUCUUCAGCUGUGCCUCACAAAGAAGGUAUGUUCCUGUGGUUGGCUCAGAGCAGGAAGGAUCUGUUCUGUGUUUGGGACCAGGAUGGAGAGCUCCGCCCCUCUUCUGUCCCUCUACCACCUGAGAUGGAGCUGACUCACCUGUCUGCCUGUCGUGAUGCUCUGUGGGGUUUAGACACUCAUGGCCGAGUCAGUAUUCGUACGCUGUCUCCGUCCUGUCCCUUCGGACUCCACUGGACCCCCCUGGACCUCAGCCAGCUCGGAAGUGUUCGUCUUGUCAGUGUGAGCUGUGGCAGUCAGAACGUCUGGGCGGUGGACGGUCGAGGAGUCGUCUACUUCAGAGUGGGAACCCAACCUCUGAACCCGAGCAUGAUGCUGCCGGCCUGGAUCCACAUAGAACCACCUGUACAGCCAAUCGGAGUGCAGCUGGUCAGUAUUGAGACGAGUCCUAACGACCGUCUCCUCUGGGCGUUGGACAACAGAGGAAGUGUCUUCGUCAGGACGGGACUCAGUGAGGAGAUGCCUGUAGGGACGGACUGGGAGCUGGUACCAGGUUUAGCUGUCAGCCAGCUGGUCCUCAGCUCUCGGACCGUUUGGGUCCGAUGUGUCAACGGAGAUCUGGCUCGACGUUACGGAGUCUCCGACCGGAACCCUGCUGGAGAUUACUGGAAGAAGAUCCCCGGGAACACCAACUGGUUAACUGUGACUCCAGAGGACGAGUUGUGGGCGGUGACUCUGAUUGGUGGAUUGUCCCGUCGCCUGACAAAGCUCCUCCCACAGACUCCCUGUAGACCCGCCCCCUCAGGCCCCUCCCUCAGCGGGGAUGACAUCGACGACGAAUGGGAGCUCAUCUGAUCUAUGACAUCACUGUGAUGUCACCACUGUCACUUCCUGUGACAUCUCUGAAAUAAGAUGGCCACACAAAGGGAGCCCAGGUGGCUGCUGGGAAAUGAAGUGAACUGAGACUCUUUUCUUUUUGUUUUAACAGGAAGCACUUUAUUCUGAAGGGACAGUGGGCUACAGAGGAACUGGUUCUGGUUCUGGUUCUGGUUCUGGUUCAGAUCAUCCUCCUCCAGGCUCCAGUUCAGACUGGUUCUGACUGGUCCUAACUGGUUCUGACUGGUUCAAACUGGUUCUGACUGGUCCUAACUGGUUCUGACUGGUCCUGACUGGUUCUGACUGGUUCUGACUGGUUCUGACUGGUCCUUACUGGUUCUGACUGUUCCUAACAGGUUCUGACUGGUUCAAACUGGUUCUGACUGGUCCUAACUGGUUCUGACUGGUUCAAACUGGUUCUGACUGGUCCAAACUGGUCCAAACUGGUUCAAACUGGUUCAAACAGAAUUGAAUUGACUUUAAUUGAAACUGGUUCAAACUGGUCCUGACUGGUCCUAACUGGCUCAAACUGGUUCUGACUGGUCCUAACUGGUUCUGACUGGUUCAAACUGGUCCUAACUGGUUCUAACUGGUUCUGACUGUUCCUAACUGGUUCUGACUGGUCCUAACUGGUUCUGACUGGUUCAAACUGGUCCUAACUGGUUCUGACUGGUUCUGACUGUUCCUAACUGGUUCUGACUGGUUCUGAACUAGCCAUUUUCAUUCCAGUUUAGGUCAGCCUGGUCUAAACUGGUUCAGCCUGGUCUAAACUGGUUCAGUCUGGUCUAAACUGGUUC